AUGCAGGCAACGUGCUCCCUCGAACUGGUGCUUCGCGUCGCGCUUGACGACAACUCCAGCCGCCUGUUUGCCCCCCACCCGCUGCGACCGGUUGCUUCACUCGUCUCGGCUCGUCCGGUGGCCGCAGUCGUGUGUCAUGGAACUGCCGCCGGAGGCCGGCAACGAGGUCUUCUCGGGCCUGGUCGCCUCACUCGGGCCGGCGGAUGGCUCUUCCGGCCACUCUGGCGUGUUGACAAGGGCCCGAGGCUGUCCGGAGCCCGAGGCGUUGGUCGGCACCGUCGACUUGGCGACGCCCAAUCACUGGCGCACCGGCGAGGAGGCACGACUGAAUCGGCAACCAUCCAGAGGCACGAGAGAAGUUAA